UCACGUGAAAUCAAUCUCUUCAAUCGACGUCCACGAUGAGCGCAAUGGAUACUGAUCAUGAAGAACUAUCCGUCGUUUUAUCUUCGACGACAACUUCCGGUCUCUCGAUUGCACUACAUCCACUUCCUAUCCUCAAUAUCUCCGAACAUUUUAUUAGACUGAAACUUGAAAAGCAGACACACUUGCCAUUUACUCUUGGCGCGCUUUUGGGGACCCAGAAUGGACGAGAAGUCGAGAUUGUGAAUACUUUUGAAUUGGCUUUGGAAGAUGAUGGGGAGGCGAUCGACCACUCUUUCUUGGUGAAUAGACGGGAUCAGUAUAAACAAGUCUUUCCGUCCCUGGAAUUCAUUGGUUGGUAUACAGUGGCACCAAUUCCCACUUCACGCCACAUUGAGCUACAUUCACAAUUCACCGGCUAUUGCUCCACGCCACUUUUACUCAUUUUACAACCAACUGCUAACCUCAUUGGCAGCGUCGAUGGAACCAGCCAAAAUCUUCCCUUCAAAGCCUACGAACAGACAAUAGAAAUUAAAGAUCGCACAUCACGAUCGGUUUUUGUCGAGGCUUCCUACACGGUUGAAACUGGAGAAGCAGAGCGCAUCGCUGUUGAUUGGACUGCCAAAGGUGGAGGAAGUGGGACAAGUUUGGAAUCACACCUUCAGACGCAACGCGCUGCUGUCAAAAUGCUACAUGACAGAAUAUUGGUACUCAUCCAAUAUGUGACCAGUGUCAUUGCGGCUGAGGCUCCUACCGAUCACGGCAUACUUCGCGCUAUCUCAGCCUUGCUCGCAUCUUUGCCUGCCAGUGAAAAUAAAACAUUCCGGGAAGAAUUCAACACUGAAUCGGAAGACGUCCAGCUGACGGCUCUCCUUGCUUCGCUGACCAAAUCUACCAGUAUUUUGAAUGAUCUGGUGGAUAAACACAGCUUGCUCACAACAAGUAGGGAAGACAGAUUCGGUGCAGGAGGAGGCGCAGCUCGCCGUACAAGGCUUCAAAUGGGCAGUGCUCGAAUAGGAGAUUGGCACUGAUUCUGCCACCAUUUCAUACAUAUUGUUCUAUAUCCCUUUUUGACCUUGCAAUAUACAUAAUCUGUUGGCGAUGUACAUCGAAAUUGAAAUUCAACC